AUGAACGAAGUGAGUGUGAUGUUAAGGGCAGAUCAGGACAAGGAGGAGGAAUUUGGGUUUAGUGACUUGCUCCUUGAAAGGGAUGCUCGUAGGAAGCAGAAGUGGUCUGUGGAUCCACGAAACAGUGCCUGGAGCAAAGAUGAAUCUAAAUUUGGCCAGAAGAUGCUGGAGAAGAUGGGCUGGUCCAAAGGAAAGGGUCUUGGGGCUCAGGAGCAAGGGAAUACAGAACAUAUCAAGGUUCAUGUGAAAAACAACAUGCUGGGAUUGGGAGCAACCAUCAAUCACGAGGACAACUGGAUUGCUCAUCAGGAUGACUUCAACCAGCUUCUGGCUGAACUGAAUGAUUGCCAUGGACAGGGUGAAACAGGUAGGUUCAUGCUUUGCUCACUCAGGUGCUGGAAGCUUAGCAGGGUUUCCAUUCUUUCUUAA